CGGCAUCAACUGGCAUUCGAUCGCCCCCCCACCACCACGAGGCGAGAAUACACCCGCAUCCCCGCCACUACCGUCCUAGUCCUCAGCACAAGCACACCGCGCGCCAGUUCGCCAAUUCGCGCCCGGCGGCGAGAUUCGCCGAGGAGGCGAGUGGCCCCGCGGGAUCUCGUAAAGAACAGCGGCUUACGCCACAAACACGAGCGCCAGCACCGCGACCAGCAGCCCCAUCGACCACAGCUGCAGCCCAAAGUCCUCUGGCCCCGCGCGCCGCCGCCACAACAACCGGCGGAACUGCAGGCCGAACAGCGAGGGAAAGGCCGCGUUCGCCGCCCGGCCGUCCACGAGCGACGGCAGGGGCGGCGGCAGCGAGGUCGAGCGCGGCGGCGUCCGCUCGGGCGAGUCCCACUGCCGCGGACUGCUCCGCGCGACGGGCGAGGGCGUCCUGGAGCGCGGCCGCGGCACGGGCGACGGGGGCCGACCCCGCAGCUCCGACGCGUAGAGAGGGGUGACGUCGCUCUUGUUCACGCGGGCGCUGCAUACCGGGCAGCGACUGUGGCCCGCGUCCAGCCAUCGAUACAGGCACGACCAGCAGUACAAAUGCCCGCACGCCGUGACGACCGCUUCGAUCGCCUCGUUCUCCAUGCAGAUGGCGCACGCGUAGCGCGAGGGCUGCGGGCGCUGAGGCGUCGCGGGGGCGGACAUCCUCCCGCUGUCCGUGGCUUGCGAGAACUCCAGGCUAGCCGAAGCGUCGUUGAGGUUCUUCUUCUGAGACUGAUGGACCUCCUGAGCUCCGCUCGG